AUGGCACACUCAGUGCUGGUACCACCAGGACCUGACAGCUUCUGCUUUUUUACGAAAGAGUCACUGGCAGCUAUUGAACAACGCAUUGCUGAGGAAAAGGCUAAGAAGUCCAAGCCAGAACGCAAAGACAUCGAUGAUGAUGAAAAUGGACCAAAACCGAAUAGCGAUUUGGAAGCUGGCAAAUCACUGCCCUUUAUAUAUGGAGACAUACCUCCCGGGAUGGUGUCUGAGCCACUGGAGGACCUGGACCCCUAUUACCUUAACAAAAAAACAUUUAUAGUAUUGAAUAGAGGAAAGGCAAUAUUCCGAUUCAGCGCCACAUCUGCUGUGUACCUGUUAACUCCUUUCAACCCUCUUAGAAAAAUAGCUAUCAAGAUUUUGGUACAUUCAUUAUUCAGCAUGCUUAUUAUGUGCACUAUUUUGACCAACUGUGUAUUUAUGACCAUGAGUAAUCCUCCAGAAUGGACAAAGAAUGUAGAAUACACGUUCACUGGAAUUUAUACCUUUGAAUCACUAAUAAAAAUUCUUGCAAGGGGCUUCUGUUUAGAAGGUUUCACGUUCCUCCGGGAUCCCUGGAAUUGGUUGGAUUUCACAGUUAUAACAUUCGCGUAUAUAACAGAAUUUGUAAACCUAGGCAAUGUUUCAGCUCUUCGAACUUUCAGAGUAUUGAGAGCUUUGAAAACUAUUUCUGUAAUCCCAGGUAAGGAGUGCUUGACGAAGUGCCAGGCCCCUGGUAUUUCCAGCUGUUUUUUGUGUGCUGUCAUUGUGUUUGUGUGUGAACUCCCCUAUUACAGAUAUGUGACAGAAUUUGUGGACCUGGGCAAUGUCUCAGCGUUGAGAACAUUCAGAGUUCUCCGGGCAUUGAAAACAAUAUCAGUCAUUCCAGGCCUGAAGACAAUUGUAGGGGCCCUCAUUCAGUCUGUGAAGAAGCUCUCAGAUGUCAUGAUCUUGACUGUGUUUUGUCUGAGUGUAUUUGCACUAAUAGGGCUCCAACUUUUCAUGGGGAACCUGAGGCACAAAUGCCUGAUUUGGCCACCGGACAAUUCUACUUUCGAAAUAAACGUCACAUCCUACUUCAAUAGCACAAUGGGAGAAAAUGGUACCUUUGUAAAUACGACAGUGACCACUUUUAACUGGGAAGAUUAUGUCAGUGAUGACAGUCACUUUUACUUCUUGGAAGGACAAAAUGAUGCUUUGUUGUGUGGCAACGGUUCAGAUGCAGGUCAAUGUCCAGAAGGAUAUAUGUGUGUAAAAGCGGGUAGAAACCCCAACUAUGGCUAUACAAGUUUUGAUUCCUUCAGCUGGGCCUUCUUGUCACUCUUUCGGCUGAUGACUCAGGACUACUGGGAAAAUCUUUACCAACUGACUCUACGUGCUGCUGGCAAAACAUAUAUGAUCUUUUUUGUCCUGGUGAUUUUCUUGGGUUCUUUCUACCUGAUCAACUUGAUCCUGGCUGUUGUUGCCAUGGCCUAUGAAGAGCAGAAUCAAGCCACCAUGGAAGAAGCUGAGCAGAAAGAGGCAGAGUUCCAGCAGAUGCUGGAACAGCUGAAAAAACAGCAAGAAGAGGCUCAGGCAGCAGCUUUAGCCGCGGCGGCGGGUGAAUCGAGAGAAUUUAGUGAAGUUGGUGGUGUGGGUGGAUUCUCAGAAAGUUCUUCAGCAACAUCAAAACUGAGUUCCAAAAGUGCCAAGGAGAGGAAGAACAGGCGGAAGAAGAGAAAACAGAGAGAACAGUCUGAAGGAGAUGAGAAAGAUGAGGAUGAAUUCCACAAAUCAGAAUCAGAGGACAGCAUUCGCAGAAAAGGCUUUCGAUUCUCUAUUGAAGGGAACAGAUUAACCUAUGAAAAAAGGUUUUCUUCCCCACACCAGUCUUUGCUGAGCAUCCGCGGAUCGCUGUUUUCCCCCAGGCGCAGCAGCAAAACGAGUCUCUUCAGCUUCAGAGGCCGAGCAAAGGAUCUUGGAUCGGAGAAUGACUUUGCUGACGACGAGCACAGCACUUUUGAAGACAACGAGAGUAGGAGAGAUUCCCUCUUUGUUCCUCACCGGCAUUGUGAGCGUCGCAACAGUAACAUCAGUCAGGCCAGCCGAUCCUCCAGGGUGAUGCCCAUCCUUCCAGCAAAUGGGAAGAUGCACAGCACUGUGGACUGCAAUGGGGUGGUUUCCUUAGUUGGCGGGCCUCCUCUUAUGUCACCCACUGGGCAGCUUCUUCCUGAGGGCACCACUACAGAAACAGAACUAAGAAAAAGGCGCUCCAGUUCCUACCACAUGUCAAUGGAUUUUCUCUCUGAUCCUACUGCAAGGCAAAGAGCAAUGAGUAUAGCUAGCAUACUUACCAACACAAUGGAAGAACUUGAGGAAUCCAGGCAGAAGUGCCCUCCCUGCUGGUACAAAUUUGCUAACAUGUGCUUAAUCUGGGAUUGCUGGACUCCUUGGCUGAAAAUAAAGCAUAUUGUUAAUUUGAUUGUGAUGGAUCCAUUUGUUGACCUUGCUAUUACCAUCUGCAUUGUUUUAAAUACUUUGUUUAUGGCAAUGGAACACUACCCAAUGACCCAACAGUUUAAUAAUGUACUAUCCGUUGGAAACUUGGUGUUUACUGGCAUCUUCACAGCAGAAAUGUUUCUCAAAAUAGUUGCCAUGGAUCCUUAUUAUUAUUUCCAAGAAGGCUGGAAUAUUUUUGAUGGCAUCAUAGUCAGCCUGAGUUUGAUGGAGUUGGGUCUUGCAAAUGUGGAAGGAUUAUCAGUUCUAAGAUCCUUCAGAUUGCUUCGAGUUUUCAAACUGGCAAAAUCUUGGCCAACAUUAAACAUGUUGAUAAAGAUUAUUGGCAAUUCAGUAGGUGCCUUGGGAAAUUUGACUUUGGUUUUGGCUAUUAUUGUCUUCAUUUUUGCCGUGGUUGGAAUGCAGUUGUUUGGCAAGAACUACAAGGAGUGUGUCUGCAAGAUUUCCAAUGACUGUGAACUCCCACGCUGGCACAUGAAUGAUUUUUUUCAUUCUUUCUUGAUUGUCUUUCGAGUUCUUUGUGGAGAAUGGAUAGAGACUAUGUGGGAUUGUAUGGAGGUUGCUGGGCAGCCCCUGUGCCUUACUGUCUUCAUGAUGGUCAUGGUGAUUGGCAAUUUAGUGGUUUUGAAUCUUUUUCUGGCCUUGCUCCUGAGCUCCUUCAGUUCAGACAAUCUUGCUGCUACAGAUGAUGAUAAUGAAAUGAACAACCUCCAGAUUGCAGUGGCUAGGAUUCAGAAAGGAAUAGAUUUUGUAAAAAGAAAAGCUCAUGAAUUUGUACAAAAGGCGUUCGUGAGAAAACAAAAGGCUUUGGAUGAAAUCAAGCCCCUUGAAGAUCUAAACAAUAAGAAAGACAGUUGCAUUUCUAAUCAUGUGAUAGUAGAUAUUGGCAAAGAUUUUAACUAUCUGAAAGAUGGCAAUGGGACCAGCGGCAUAGGGAGCAGCGUGGAAAAAUACAUCAUUGAUGAAAGUGAUUACAUGUCAUUCAUAAAUAACCCAAGUGUAACUGUGACAGUACCCAUUGCUGUUGGAGAAUCAGAUUUUGAAAAUUUAAAUACAGAGGAAUUCAGCAGUGAGUCAGAUCUGGAAGAAAGCAAAGAGAAACUAAAUGCAUCUAGUUCAUCUGAAGGUAGCACAGUUGAUGUUGGACUUCCCCAAGUUGGAGAACAACCAGAAGCUGAACCUGAAGAAUCUCUUGAACCAGAAGCCUGUUUUACAGAAGGCUGCAUCCGGAAAUUCAAGUGCUGCCAAGUCAGUGUAGAAGACGGCAAAGGAAAAUUGUGGUGGAAUCUUCGGAAGACUUGUUACAAAAUCGUAGAACAUAAUUGGUUUGAGACUUUUAUUGUCUUCAUGAUUCUCCUUAGCAGUGGUGCUCUGGCUUUCGAAGACAUAUACAUUGAGCAGCGCAAGACUGUCAAGACUGUACUGGAAUACGCAGACAAGGUCUUCACCUACAUCUUUAUUUUAGAAAUGCUUCUAAAGUGGGUGGCUUAUGGCUUUCAAGUCUAUUUCACCAAUGCCUGGUGCUGGCUGGAUUUCCUCAUUGUUGACGUCUCUAUUGUUAGCUUAACAGCGAACGCCUUGGGCUACUCUGAACUUGGUGCAAUUAAAUCUCUUAGGACUUUAAGAGCUUUAAGACCUCUAAGAGCCUUGUCACGGUUCGAAGGAAUGAGGGUAGUGGUGAACGCUCUCUUGGGAGCAAUUCCAUCUAUCAUGAACGUGCUUCUUGUAUGCCUUAUAUUCUGGCUAAUCUUUAGCAUUAUGGGAGUGAACCUCUUUGCUGGCAAGUUCUACCACUGUGUUAAUACCACAACUGGGGAAAUGUUCAGCAUUGAUGAAGUUGACAAUCAGACUGAGUGUGAGAAUCUCAUUGAAAAAAAUGAAACAGCCAGAUGGAAAAAUGUGAAAGUCAACUUCGAUAAUGUGGGACUUGGCUACCUCUCUCUGCUUCAAGUAGCCACCUUCAAAGGCUGGAUGGACAUCAUGUAUGCAGCUGUAGAUUCACGAAAUGUGGAAAAACAGCCACAUUAUGAGGAUAACCUUUAUAUGUAUCUUUAUUUUGUCAUCUUUAUUAUUUUUGGAUCCUUCUUCACUUUGAAUUUAUUUAUUGGUGUCAUUAUAGAUAACUUCAAUCAGCAAAAAAAGAAGUUUGGAGGUCAAGACAUCUUUAUGACAGAAGAGCAGAAAAAAUACUAUAAUGCAAUGAAAAAACUGGGCUCCAAGAAACCACAAAAACCUAUACCCAGGCCAGCA